AAUGGCACACAAGUAUAAGCCGACAAAAAACGAUCUGUUUAUUGUGUCGUAUCCUAAAUGUGGUACAACUUGGACCCAACAGAUUGUCCAUCUAUUGCUCAAUAGAGGUGUACCGCCGGCAAAAACACUGCUGUUCUCCAAAUCUAUACCAUUCCUCGAGGUGUGUGCGCCAACACAAGAUGACACCGACACUCAUGUACGGGCAUUCAAGACUCAUUUGCCCGUCCAAUUGGCGCCGUUUGACGACCAGUCACCGGCAAAAUACAUAUAUUGUAUCAGAAAUCCGAAAGACUGUUUGAUUUCCUUUUGGUUUCACGAAAAAGAUUUUCCAUUACUUUUAUGCGACAAUUUUCAACAGUUUUUCACUGCAUUCAUGUCGGGUAAGACCGGUUAUGGCGACUAUUUUGAUCAUCUAAUCGGUUGGUAUCGUCAGAGACACCGAACUGCAAAUGUCCUGAUUGUUCACUACGAAGAUCUAAAGACAGACAUUGAGAAACAGAUCCGAAGAAUUGCCAAAUUUAUUAGCAAUGAUCUGUUGGAACAGAUUACUGAUGAUAAAGACUUCUUGGAUAAUGUCAUCAAAUAUAGUAGUUUUGAAUUUAUGAAGACUUCGACCAAUGGACAGAUGAAAAAGUUUUUCGACCAAUCGGUCGAUGAUAUGGAAAGUGAUGGAGAAAUUGUCGACGGCUUUAAAGAUGCUUUUCGUGACAUCAAAUCAAACGAUAAUUUAAUCUCUUUUGGUGACCAUCGAUGGCCGAACCCAUAUCCAUGAAUGAUGACAAUGUAAUGAUUAUGAAAGAGCUGAAACAGGAGAUCAGUCGUCUGCAACGGGAACUACAGUUUAGCGACUCAUUCAUCCAAGUCUUGGGCGAACAGAGACAUCAGUUUAUCAAAUAUUUCAAUGAAUGUCAACUAUGCGGACAAAACCAACAGAUGAGACAAUUGUUGACCAAUUUGGACAACAAAUUGAUUCAACUGAAGAAUGAAUAUGAGUUCGUUGACGGCGGCAGUGAUGAUGAUGUAGUAGUAUUGGCCGUCGAUACUAACGGUGGUCGUCGUCGUUGUGACAAUCAAUCGGAAACAGGACGACAAACAUUUGUUGGUAACACCAUUACCACCAACAACAACAAUAACAACAUAACCGAUAAUUUGGUGGUCAGUAUUGUUGGUCAACAACAGCCACCACUGGAUAAUCAAAUGAUUGUCACAACAAAUAGACCUAAAUUUCAAAGUUGUCGAUUAACUACUAAACAGAUUAUCGACAAAUUGAAACCUAAGAAACCAAUUGAUCCAUUGAAACCCAUAGUCCAUUACAAAUAUCAUUGUCGCACCUGUAACUAUAUGACCAAAAAUCUCAAACAAAUUAACCGACAUCUCACCAACAAUGUUGGCCACGAACGGAGCGCCACUUGCAAGCCAGACAUUGCCUAUCCAUCAUCUGUGAAGAGAAUCGAUCGACCGACGACAUCGCAAACGACUGGCCAACCGGUAAUAAUAAGUGUGGACAACAAUAGGACGGCAGCAAAGAAACGGCAUAUCUGUUAUGAACCUAACUGUGGCAAACAGUUUAGAGACUCGUAUGGAUUGAAAAGACAUCGGAAAACACACGAAGAAAAAUUGCCGAUAGUUUUCAAUAAUU